AUCCACCCUCAGUAAUAGGUUUAGUUGGGUCCAAUAGUAACCCGAACCAAACCAUAUACACUUUUCCAGUCAUCUCCUACGUAUUUUUUUGGCUUUCUCUGCCUCAUUUCGCUCUCCUGGAGUUGGCUGCUGUUUUCGCUCGCACUUACAAAGCUACGACAGGCGACUUCUCGACAUUUUCCAUUCGGUUCAGAUUGUGCUAUAUAAACCCAAUGGUGCAACUUGGUUAAUGCAGAUAACAGCCUUUUGAGCUAUCUUUCAUUCUAUGAGGCAAUUUUUCCAUUGAUCCAAAAAGAACCAUGAGGCUCAUUGCAGUUGCCAGAUCUUUUCGUGCCCGUCCCACUCUCCCUGAAACAACUGGUCCUUUGCAGUUUCGUUGCUUCCAACCUGAUUUUGUGCCCCGGGAUCCCAAUGCCAAGCCAAAAAAGUACAAAUAUCCGGCAUUCUAUGACCCGUACGGUCCUAGGCCUCCACCUUCAGAUAAAAUCAUUCAGCUUGCUGAGCGAAUUGCAGCACUGGCCCCUGAAGCACGGCGCCAACUUGGUCCUACUCUUGCUGAGAGGCUAAGGCAUCCGAAGCUGCAACCAAUAUCGACAGAAGGCUUGGACUUGGGUUCACAGGGAGGGGCAGCUGGUGGUUCAAAGGCCGAGGAAAAGAAGGUGGAGAAAACGGCUUUUGAUGUGAAAUUGGAGAAGUUCGAUGCCGCUGCAAAAAUCAAGGUGAUCAAGGAAGUGAGGACAUUUACCAAUCUGGGAUUGAAGGAGGCUAAGGAUCUUGUCGAGAAGGUACCUUGCGUGCUUAAACAAGGGGUUACCAAAGAGGAAGCAAGUGACAUAAUUGAGAAAAUAAAGACGGCUGGAGGAGUUGCCGUUAUGGAGUAGCAUUCGAAGUUGUUUUAUUGUGUUCCUGAAACGAUUUGCAUUGUUGUUUCUGCUCAAUCGGGUUUCAUGAUCUCCGGAAAGUUGUUCGCGAUUUUCGAAUAUGAAUUUUCUGUUGUGAAUACAAAUUUGAUAUGAAGCCAUAA